AUGUCAAUUAGUAAAUGUAGUGAGUUUACUACUUUUUGGAAGUUUUUUCCCGAUAAAUUGAAAGAAUCUAAAUAUGAAUUUAAAAGUACAUUUUUUAAAGAUUACUGCCCUGAACAAAAAUGCAAUAACGAUAUUGAAAAGAUUAAUGCUGGCUGUUUACGGUUAAUUCAUGAUUUUUUCAUUAAAUCUGGUUUUUCAGCUGGUCAACAUGUUCUUAAGAAUGAUUCUAUAUGUAUUAUAAUAUGGCUAGGUUAUAUUUUAAGCCUAAAGUCACAUGAAGGAAUCAAGACAAUAAACGAUUUUUAUUCUAGUCAUAUACAAGAUAACGCGGAGUACUCUAAGCAUAAAAUUGAUCAUGAUACAUAUACCGAUUAUAAGAAAAUCAUAGAUAACAUAAAGGAAUAUAUGAAUAUUAGUAUUAAUGAUAUGUCUAAAUUUUAUGAAUUACUUAAAUUGUUAUGUAAUAUGCAUACUGCUUAUAAUAAUAAAGAUAGUAGCCAAAUUUCAGAACAUGCUAAGGCAUUUGCUGAUGAAUAUCAAAAACUUUUUGAUGAUGAUAAUAAUAAUGUCGGAAAUUCAUACAAUAAAAUAUUACUUGUUUUAUCCAAUUAUUAUAAUAAUAUUGAAACAGGUACUCGCUUUAAUAAUACAUCAAUAACUCGUCCUAAAUUACCAACAGAAAAAACACCCAAAAAAGAUAAUUCAGAAGGUCAUGAAGUAACUAAAGUAACUGAACAACCGAGUGAAACAGGUAAAUUAGGUAUUACAACGGCAACCCCAAGUUCUGACAUUACAGUAUCAAACUCAUCACUAGUAAAUAAAUUAGUUAUAGUUUUACCGAUAUUAGCUGCAAUACCAUUUUUUUUGGGAAUUGCUUACAAGUAUUCAUUAUUUGGAUUUCGGAAACGAUCAAAAAAACAACAUUUAAGAGAAAAACUAAAAAAAUAA